AUGAAUUGCACGAGUUGGAAUAGGAAAGUUGGUGUUAGUCUCUUGGGUAUACUUACAGUGUUUCACGUCUCUGUGCUAUUUCUCCCCUUGGCGUCGUGCAAUCCUGACAGAAGAGCUUACAAGGACGGCCAUGUCAUCUUGGGAGGUCUAUUUAAUCUUCACUUUGCCGGAACUGAGGAUCAUUGCGGUGAUCUUUUUACAAUGGGACUAGGACACGCUGAAGCUAUGAUAUUUGCCAUUGAAAGCGUGAACGAAAAUCCUCGUCUUCUUUCAAACGUCACACUUGGUUACGAUAUUCGAGAUUACUGCGAGAGGACUGCUCUAGCUAUGAAAAUAACAUAUGAUCUGGUGCGCAGCAGCGACCAAAACUGUAUGCCCUCCACAAACCUUUCAUCCACGGGCAACGUCACUGUGGUUACAUCAAAACCCAUUUCAGCUCUAGUUGGACCGUACAAUUCAGGCAGUGCAGUCCUAGUGGGGAGUCUGCUCCAGGUUGCUCCUAUUCCUGCGAUAAGUCCAACUGCAACAAGCGUGGAGUUAAGCUCACCAUUGUACAAUGACUUCUUCAGGACAGUUCCACCAGAUAACUGGCAGGCACAAGUCAUGGCUGACAUCAUUGAGCAUUUCAACUGGACAUACGUGGCUGCCGUAGGCGUUGAUGACUCCUACGGCCGCAAUGGUAUUUGGGCUCUGGAGCAAGAGUCUUAUGAUAGAAAAAGCUUCUGCGUUGCUUUUUCGGAGUUCAUCCCUCGCCUGAAGUUCCAGGAAAAAAUAAAGCAAACAGUUUCAAGAAUUAAAGCAAAGUCCAGUAUUGGAGUGAUCAUAGUUUGGCUUUCUGGUGGCAAAGGCAGAGCAUUCCUCAAUGCGGCAACUGAUCAAAACCUUCAAGGAAGAACAUUUAUACUAAGCGAUGCACUUACUGCUGAAGAAGCGGUGUUUCUGGAUCCUCGUUUUACUGUGUUAGAUGGUUCUUUGGGGAUACAACCACGAGAUUACCAAGACCCUGCUUUUGAAGAACAUCUCAAAAGGAUUACCCCUGAAAAGAGCUUCGAAAGAGGAAUGAUGUGGUGGGAAGAAUUUUGGAGUUCACAUUUCAAUUGUUCAGGAAACAAAUCCAGUGAUUCUGAUAUACCAGCUUGUGAGGCAAAUCUCACUUUGAAUAGCAUUGUCACCAAGAUCCGAAGCUCAUUUGUUUCGUACGUCAUUGAUGCGGUAUAUGCCCUUGCAUAUGCCGUGGACAGUAUCUACAACUGUUCAACAACAAAUGACGCUGACUGUCCUUCAGUAAAACCGUUUGUAAAAGGAAGUGAUGUACAGAAGUCCCUCAGGAAUGUCAGUUUCCCCGGAGUGACUGGCAGAAUUCGAUUUGACAGUUCCGGGGAUCCUUUAUCCGCCUCGUAUGACAUCAUCAGCUUCCAGCGUGUCUCAACCAUUGGAACACCUCACAGAAAGGUUUUGGUGGGAUGCUGGGACAAAGAAACUACACCAAAGCUCCGUUUGAACGAGUCCUCUUUGCACUGGGGUUCCCUUCUCAAUAAUCUUUCCGUUCCAGCCUCAUUCUGUGCACGCGAAUGUUCCCCUGGCACCAUGAAGUCACCCACUACACCAUGCUGCUGGGAAUGCAUAACGUGUCCACAGGGAACCAUCAGUGCCGGUAACGGAUCAAGUUCUUGUACGGAAUGUCAGCCGGAGACCAAACCAAAUGAUAAGCGCACAGAAUGCGAGGAUUUAACGGUCAUCAACAUCUCACUGAUGAGUCCCACUGGAGUCAGUAUUAUUGCGAUUACGUCUAUCGGUGUACUCUUCUUAAUUCUUACACUAUCGGUCUACGUUAAAUUCUAUAAUACUCCAGUUGUGAAGGCAUCUAGCAGAGAAAUGAGCUUCCUGUUGCUCUUUGGUAUUAUGACACUUUUUGCCCUCGCUGUCCUUGAGUUGGUAGAGCCGAGUCAAGCAUUGUGCUACAUCGUGUACGUUGGGCGUUAUUUUGCACUGAAUCUUUGCGUAACAGUACUGUUCUUGAAAACGAUGCGAAUUACAAGUGUUUUUCAGGUAGACAAAGUAGCAGAACUAUUUACACCGUGUUUUAAGACGAUACAAAGGCAGACCAUGACAAUCAUAUUUAUGAAUUCAGUCGCUUUAUCCUUAAUAGCACUGUGGAUGAUGUUUGAUCCUCCAAGACGCGAGAAACUCAUCCGUCCAGACGAAUACAUUUUUCUUGUGUGCAAACCUUUUGGCUUUAACACCGGCUUUUCGCUUUUCCUCGCUGUCUGCUCUUACACAUCAACCGUGGCUCUCCUCUGCACCUAUUAUGCGUUCAAAGCCAGGGACAUCCCCGAGAACUUCAACGAAACAAAGUACAUUGGAUUCUCCAUGUACAUUCUCCUGCUUUCAUCAAUAGCAUAUUACCCUGUGGUGUUCAAUUUUGAGAGCUGGUAUGUGACUCUAGUGGCAUGUUCAACGACGUUAGUAACCUCAUUUGGGUUACUGAUCUGCAUGUACGGUCCCAAGAUGUAUAUCGUUGUCUUACAACCACAGCGGAAUACUCUUGAAAGUGUACGUUCGCAAGUGUCUCAAUAUUCGUUUCACAAAUCGCGAUCUCAAAUAUGGGCAGCAUCCACGUCUGUUGGGAGUUUAAGCAAUGUCCUUAGCAAGUCCACAUAA